UUAGUAGACUACGCAGUUGUACUUUAGAGUUUCAACUUUCUGAAGUUAUUAACAAAAUGAGGCUUUAUUUUUUUACUGUUGCUUUCGUUCUCGUUGUUUACAUUUCAUCUUCAUUCGGCAAUCGGGUCGAUUAUACUGGUCAUAAGGUAGUUCGAUCCCGAGCAGCAAAUGUAGUUCAACUGAGCUAUUUGCGGAACUUGCAAAAUUUGGAUGAAACCUUAGACUUUUGGUCGGAGCCGUUUCAUGUCGGUCAGCCAGUGGAUAUCCAUGUCACUCCAGCUAAUUACGACAAUUUAGCGCAUUCGUUGAAAUCGGCCGGAAUACAACACCACAUAAAAGUCGAAGACCUCGGACGAGCUAUAGAAGAAGAGCGCACAAGUAUUGAACUCCGUCGGGAACUCACCAAAAAUCAAAAAGCUUUCGAUUUUGAAAAUUACCACACUUACGAGGAGAUUGUUAGCUAUCUGGAAAACCUGGCCUUGGAAAAUCCUCUCGUUUCUGUUUCGUCUAUCGGCGGGACUUACGAGAAUCGUAGUUUAACUAUGGCUACCAUUAGCACUGGAAGUAAUCCAGAGAAACAAGUGAUCGUUUUCGAAUGCGCAGUUCACGCCAGAGAAUGGGCCGCCCCGUCCACCUGCCUUUGGUUUAUAAACGAAUUAGCUACUAAAUACGGAAGCGAUAGCGAAAUUACUCGUUUGGUUGACGGAUUCGAUUGGAAAAUUACGCCGGUAACUAAUCCUGAUGGCUACACUUACUCGUGGACUACGGAUCGUUUAUGGCGGAAAAAUCGCAUGCCGACCGGCACCUGCUUUGGCGUCGACAUUAACCGAAAUUUUGACACAAACUUUGGUGGAGCUGGAUCGUCAGAUGUACCCUGCAUUGAUACAUAUCACGGCCCCAACAGUUUCUCUGAAGCAGAAUCAAGCGCUGUCAGGGAUGUGUUAAUAGCCAAUCGACCUCGAGUAAAGGCUGCCAUAUCAAUUCACACCUACUCUCAACUCUGGAUGUCACCUUACGGCUAUACUUAUGAUCUACCAGCAGAGUAUGACGAAAUGUUGCGCGUAAUGUCCAUUGGAGUCCAAGCUCUUCAAAAUACUUACGGAACUCAGUAUCAAUAUGGAAAUCAUGCCGACACAAUAUAUAUUGCAUCUGGAACGACGUUAGAUCACGCUUACACAGCAGAGGGUAUCUUAUAUGCCUAUCUUCUCGAAUUGCGAGACACGGGAGAAUUCGGUUUUGAAUUGCCUGCAUCACAAAUCAUGGAAACAGCUAUUGAAACAUGGAAUGGAAUUAAAGCUAUGGCCCUUGAAAUCCUUUAGAUUAUAUCCGAUUAUAUCAUUGCUUUGUAACACAUGGCAGCAUAAUAAAUCAAUAGCAGACUA